GCCAUCUUAGAAAUCUCCGGCGUGGUGGACGGGCGUGAGGCUAGCGGUUACGAUCGGGUUGUAUCUAUGAAGAGUAUGAAACCAUUACUAGGGUUUUUGUAGUACAGCGAAGUCGUAAAGGUUUUUCAUUCAGCAAAGUGCUCGCCAGAACUUGAUGAAGGAAGCAAAAUCUCUGACCUCCAGUCCUUGAGACUCUGCAGUCACCACCAUGGGGUCCCAGCUGCUGCUGCGCUGGGACAACCACCUGCCCAGCUUCGCCUGCUCGAUGAAAGAGUGUCUGGACGACGGCGACCUCACUGACCUCACCAUCUCGUGCCAGGGCCGUGUGCUCCACUGCCACAGGCUGGUGCUCUCUGUGGCCAGUCCGCACUUCAAGCAGCUGCUCAAGGCAAACCCCGGCCAGCACCCGAUCGUGAUCAUGCGCGACAUUCCGUACAAGGACAUCGCCGCCCUGCUGACGUUUCAUACUACCAGGGAGCCCCGCCGCGCCUCCCACCUGGAGCCGGAGGUGGUGGUGAAGGAGGAGCCCUGCGACCCGGACGAGGCGCCCGCCGCCCGACACCCGGUCGCCAUGACAACCAUCAACGACCUGAGCCUGCUGCAGCAUGGGUUCAGGGCUGGCAGCUCCUUCGUCGAGGUGGGACCAGCGCGCGUGCCGCCAAAAAGUGAGUAG